AGUGACUGUGAACCUGUUCAGACUAAUCCUUUCGGCUCUAAAUUGUCUAAAUUAUUCGAAAUUGUAUUUCAAGUCCAACAUGCAAUAUUAUAGUACUCUAAACCGACUUCCUCGAUGUCUAAAAUCUUUUAGUAGAUACUUUUCGAUAGAUAGGAACUUGAAGGAAGUUCCUCGGGUUAGGAUUUCUGAGGGCCGUAUACGCUAUUUGUUAAUGUUGGCCCAUAAUCAUGGUCACAUGGGUUUUGGGAUGUCAAUCAUUCGGGGGGGCGAUGUUGAGGACCAUUUGGAUAUUUUUGACCAAACACUGGCAGAAUUGGAGCCGAUGGGUAUCUGUGCCAAAUGUCUGGGCGGUGGGUUGAUCAACAUGGAUAAAGCAAAGAAAAAAAUUACUAUAUAUGGCAAAAGCAGAACCUUUGGCGAGGCCGACCAUUCCAGGACGAGGAGUAUUCUACAAUCUUCAACCAAUUAUAAGGAUUUUAAAAUUGUUGUUGGCUGAAAUUUCUUAAAUUUUUUUUGGUUAUAUAUUAUAUUAAUAAACUAAUUAAUCAACUAAAAA